CGAGCAUGUACGAAAGUAUUUCAACCCAGAGGGCUUCGACCCGUUGGCGUUUCGAGACAUGGCCAAACUGGCGUUAUUGGCACUGCUGCUGUCAGAGCUGGUGGUCUACAUAUUCCUGCAGCAGAGCGCUGACCUUGGAGAGCUGCCCCACAAUAUUACAGAUGCCAUUAUAAUCGGCAUAUCCCUGCUGGAGUUCCUCGUGGUCCCGAUAAUCAGUGGGCUGGGCUCGGAGAGGAGAAAGAGCGUGCUAGUAGGAUGGACCAUCGCCGCUCUGGUAGUUACGGUACCUCUGUUCGCGUUGCCCAACCCGGAUACUACUGUCGAUGAGGGUCUUUGCACAACCGCAGUUCCACUAGCUCCUCGGUCUUUCGCCACGGGUGUCUCCACGAAGGCUGCCUUCCGUCUGUCCAUACUGCUCAUAUGUGGGGUUGUGAGCGCGCUCGGAAGAGCGGCCUUCUUUACGCAUGGACUUGCGUAUUUAGACGAACACAAUCCUUCGUAUAAUCUGCAUAUGCAUGUUGGCCUCUUCAUCCUCUACCGCGUGCUAGUAUACAUCCUCGGCAGCUGCAUGAGAACCAUGACCUUGGACAUGCCGUGGCUGCAGAUCCUGAUCAUCGUCAUCAAGUACCUGCUCACGCUGCUCCGACUGUACAGGUAUCCUGAGGCUGUUCCGAUGCCGGAAAAACAACGUCGAAGUGACAAAGGUCUAUUUCGUAGCAUGAGUCGCGUUCUUGGCAGCGGAGUGGGACUUCUGCAAAUCCUGGCGAUGGCCUUACUGGCAGCUGCUUGGCGGGGCUUCGGGCUGCAUGAAGCAGCCUUUGUUCAGGUGAAAUACUACGUGCGACCGGACAACGAUUCACAAAUGGGGAUGAUGAAUAUGAAUGUUAAAUUGAUAUCCGUCGUAUUAGGAGUUAUUCUAGCUGGAUACAUUUACACCGCGCCAGUCAUGCAGAAGUUUAAUCGUAAAGCAGCACUCGCCAGCGCCGCAAGGAUGAGUUUCCUGGCCACCGUGUUAUACGUCGUGAUGACGGCGUUGCUGAGCUGCAAUCGGAGUGGGAUUGGAGGCUUGAACGACCUUAAUUAUACUCAGCCUGCUUGUGGACGAAGCUGCGGUUGCGAUAGACCAUGGAUGGAGUUUACUCCCAUCUGCGUCUCUGAGCAGAUGACGACGUAUUUCUCUCCUUGCCACGCCGGCUGUGCUACAGCUGAUACAGUUAAUAGUAUUGGGGUGUAUUCGAACUGCUCAUGCGCGCCGGGCGGGCGCGUCACCAGAGGCGCGUGCGAUGACGGCUCUUGUGCCAGCAUGUACAAUUUACACCAAAUGUUAUACGUGGUGGUUUGCUUGGCCAGCACUCUGGCGUUCAUAUGGCAGACUACCGUGUUGUUGGAGACAGUGGACAAGCGUGACGUCGCGACGGCGGUAGGCGUCGCGUCAAGCGUGGUGUCACUCGUCGCCUUCGUGGGGGCCCAUGGGUUCUACAUGGGGAUUAGCUUGUUCACUUGCGCGUUCACCCGCGGUUCCAAGUGUCUCCUCCAGAACGAUCAGUUCGCACCCUGGGUGGGGUACUCCAGCGCGGUGCUAGCUGGUCUGGCUUUCAUACUCACCAUAAUUUCCUGCGUCAUACUGAGAAGACAGAAAGAGCCGAAAGACGGAGACGUGAACCUUGGAUAGUGUAUAGAAACUUUUAAUUAUAAAUCCUGGGUUUACUCCAGCGCGGUGCUAGCUGGUCUGGCUUUCAUACUCACC